CACAGUUUGAGUCUUCUCAUUUAUUAUAAGCUUGUAUUGCACUCCAUGUAUGUGAACAAGCACUCAUUUUAAUUUCAGAUUUGGCCCUUUCUAUAUUUGCUGUUUUCUGCAGUCAGUGUCCCCAUUAAAACAAAUGGUCAUUACCACAUUCAAAAAUCUUGAACUGAAUUGUCAUGAAACUACCGCAUUAAAUGGUAAAUGGACUGCAUUUAUAUAGCACCUUCCUACCUUACCGGACAAAGCACUUUACAAUUUGCCUUAAUUCAUUCACACACACAUUCAUACACUGAUGGUGGCGGAACUGCAAGGCGCUAGCCCGCCAGUCAUGAGCAGUUGGUGGUUCAGUGCCUUGCUCAAGGACACUUCGACAUGCGGACAGGAGGGGCCGCGGCUCGAACCGCCAACCUUGUGAUUAUUCAUUAUGUUGUAAAAACCUACUGUAUGUGUUGUCCAUAUUACUAAAACAGCAUCAGUAAACCCACCUAAAACAAAUAGGACAUGGGCAGUUGGGUUGUCUUUGGGUCCUUGGAUCUUUCUUGGAGCUGUAGAAUUUCCAGUAUUUAGUGACAUGUUUAGUGACAUGUUUAAGACCAGCCUGUGUUCAUGAUAGGGUUCCAAGACCUUAUCACCAGAGGGCAGCAAUGUAGCUGAGAAGGCUACCUGUUUAACUAAUAAGCCACAAAGUGUUGAAACCCUCCACCUUCCUCUCUAAAUACUGUGCUGUUUUAGAGUGGUUUGCAGAGUUUAGCAGAGCAUACUGCCAGUACGAGUCAUCAAUCUCAUAAUGCUCUUACUUUUAAAUGUGGCAUGAAAGUGGGCACACUAUUCACUGACAUCAUGGUGUAGGAUGAGGUAGAGCAUUGUGAGGACAGUGAGGACAGUUGACACACUUAUGAGCCAGUUUGGGGUGAAGGACAAGGGCUUCUCUCCAGGGGCGGUUAAAGCAGGUAGACAGUUACUACAACCAGAGACAUCUCUGAGUUUAGUCAGGGGCAGACUGACCUUGGCAGUACUCAUUUGACCCAAAUAAAACUGACACCGGGGAUGCUAAGCCCGUUAUGAUGCACUUACAAGAGGUGGCCGCCAAAUUCUUGCGAGUGGUGUAAUUUCUCCUUCCUGUCCAUGGGCACUUCCUAACCAAGAAGCGCACACUAUUGCUAAAGUUCUGACUGGGAAAUGGGUGUUUUGCUUUGGGCUAUCACAUAGUAUCCAAGGUCCUAAUUUGUAAACUGAGAAUUGUUUAGGCUUCUACAUAUUUAUAAAUCUCGGACAUCCCCUUACCACCCCCAGUCAGAUGGAAGGAAAUGAACGGGGGUGAAUUUAAUACAACAGGCUCCCCUGGUGGAAGCUCUUGUUACGAACUGUUUAAGAGGUUGUGGUGCAAGAUUGCAAAUUAUCUUUUAUACUUAACCAAUAUAAGUUGGUUCCAUUCAAGUCACACAAAAAUGCUUUUUAACUUUAUUGCAAUGGUUGGGCUUUUUAUACUGCUAUGUGUAAUGCUCACAUAUGCAGAGUAUGCAUUGAUUACUAUUUGUCUGUGUAAGGUUAAGUAGCUAACCUUCCAGUAGUGAAGAUCACAUAAACUGCACACAUGACCGCCACCAGUGCCAGUGGAUGUUUUUGUGUUAUUGUUUUGUUUCUCUUCCAAGGCCAGACUUUAUAACUGUGCUGGAUUUAUUGAGGACAAACCAUGUUUCUUUAUGACUCAUCUAACUUGGGUUUCUGUGAGGAUGACAAUCACAUCUAUCUAGUACUGUUUGUCUUAGAACCUGUCAGCAUUAUCAACCAUGAGCUUCAGACAGAGUCUGACAACAGAAUUAUUCCACAUGGAAAUCAAGCUGGAUCCCAGGGAAAAGAACCAACGAAUGCCUCUGUCCACCAACAGACCUGCACACAAGACAUCCAUGCUGUGCUGAGAGAGAUGAGCGCCUCAUUGGCUGAACAGAGGGUGGAGAUGAGACACUUACAGAGAGAGAAUGAAGCACAAGCAGCUAAGCUGAAUGAACUGGAGUUACAGAAGACUGAGCUGGAGAGGCAGAAGACUGAGGUGGACAAGCUAAAACAACAAAUUCAAGCACAAGCAGCAGAGCUGAUCACUGUGAAAGCCAGGUCAAAUGUCACAGAAAUCCAGGUGGAGGCUCUAAAGAGAGAUGGAGAAGUCAAACAGGUGGCUUUCUCAGCCUCUCUGUUGGCUUCAGGCUCAGGAACUCUCGGACCAUUUAACACACACACUCCUCUUACCUUCAGAUAUGUCAUCACAAACAUUGGCAAUGCCUACAACUCACACACAGGUACUAAAAUUCUCAAAUUUUAA